AUGGACGCGCAACGACACGAUCGUCGAGUGCACAACGCACUGCUAUCUGCACUCUCCAGUGUCCAAGCUAAGGCUUUCGCUACGCGCGGUACUUUUUCAGCGAAGGAUUCAAGCCUCGACCUCGGCUUCACGGUCAGAGAUAUUGGCGAGAUCAAGCUACCUCUCGAGCCUGACGACGCGGCCUGGGACAAGCUGAAGGAGAAAGGCCAGAGCACAAUCCACGCGACAUGGGAGAUCGAUGCCGCUGAGGUGUCGUUUGUGAAGCAGCCGCUAUGGAAUGCUUGGCUGGACAGGAUGAUGUCGACUGUAAAGAAGAGCUUUGGCGUCGCAGAUGAUGACGUGGUCAUCGCUGAGCCGUACAAGUUGCUGGUGUACGAGAAAGACUCCCAGGUUGAACCAGGUCAGGGCUUUGCAAAGCCCACAGGUUCCUUCGCAACACUGACAGUCUCCCUACGCUCCUAUUACCAAGGUGCCAAUGUCCACAUAUCGCAUAUCGACCACAAGAAGACUUUCAGUACAGAUAAAUAUUCUUGGGACCGGUACCAAUGGCUCGCCUGGUAUGCAGAUGCGGUUCAGGAGAUGAAACCUGUGGUCUUCGGUGUCCGGCUAGUACUGACAUACAUCCUACGUUUCACAAACUUGCCCCCAACACAUCUUGUCUAUGAUGAGAGAGACGAGAAGAUUGUGCAGGAGAGAGUCAAGCGUGUGCUGGAGCGGUGGACCGGAAAGCCGACUAUGCUGUGGUACGUGCUUAAACAGAAGUACCCCAAUCACUUCGUGAGCCAAGCCUCACUCCAGGACGAUGACGUCCUUCAUUUCCAAAUAUUGAAGGCUGCUUGCCAGUCACUCGGAUACACGAUUUUGCUAGGUCAGUUGGUAAGAGACUACUGGGAAGACUCAGAUGAUGAGGAGUGGAAUAGUCAUGAAGACGAGCAGUGGGUAAAGCAUAUUGUUGAUGCAAACGACAUCCCGUACUGUUCCAAAUUGGAACUUGUUCAAAGUGAGAUCGUACAGAAGUAUCCACUAUGUACGGAACCGAAUGAAGACUCAUGGACAGAUAUUUCCCCUGGAUUAUAUGAGGAGAUGCAAAGCAGCGAACGACACCCUGCAAUCACAUUCCUGAAGCAGCAAGCACUCCAAUCGAGGAAACAUGGCGUACAAGCGCUUGAUCCAGACCUUCAAUCAGUCAUACAGGCUCUACUAGAUGACUUCAACGAAUACGGGCGUGCCAACCACGUCUUUCCAAUACCCAAAAGCAUGUUUCUCACUGACGAAGAACUGGAGACCAUCGCGUUGUUCGUUCUCAAGGUUGGUUGGAAUGAACUUUUCCGGGACGCGUGUAGGAUUAUCCUCAAUCGGUCCGGCUUCAAUGCAGCACGGACACCCAAACUGACUGAUAAAUUGGGACUUCGGAUGUAUGUACUCGCCGAUGUCGACCACGCGAAUUGCUUGCUGGGCAUGUGUACCAAGUACACCGACAUCAUCGAAAUAUGCGAGAAGUUGAUGCAUAGCUACCACGCAGCAGAGGCAGAUCUAAAAACAUUUCCAGCUCCGGUUUCUGUAGACUGUGAGUAUUGGCGUCAACUGUGGUACCGUGUAACUAUCUCCAAAUGGUCCUGGCCACUUUGGGAAGAAGAUUUCCAGGCCAUGAAACACUUCCCCAGGCUUCUGAAUGCUGGUCAAGUCGUUGGUGACCCUUCUGUUACAUCUGAAGCAUAUUCUUCGAUGCAAAGAUACCUCAAAUCGAAGCAUGGUAUACCGGGUUCCGAAAUCUUGCAGAUAUGGAAAAGUUUCAGCCGUUUGCACAAGCAAAUGCCUAUCGACCAGGCACAAAAUCAUUAUUUUGCGUUUCUGGACGCCGUACACGAAGCCAGCAAAGGACGCUUUGGGAUUGUUAUCGGCAUGGACGAUAUCGAAAAGUUGAUACAACUGGGUUCAGAGCUGGGAACCCACGCAGUCACAAAACUCAAAACCUUGGUGCAUCCGGAGUGUUACAACCGGAGUUUACACCGUACCCUGGCAUUCGUACGUGCGGCAAGGGACCACGAAUGUUGGCACCACUACCUGGCCGAUAUGCUCUGUUCCACUGUCGAUCAUCUGUUCUACUAUAAAAAGACAAGCCGGUGGAAUCCAGUCUCCGAGACUGAUGUCCGUUGCGUCCCUCCGUUCAAACGAAUCUCUUUCUUCCAACCGAGCCCCACGAUCGCUGAAAUAAAGUUUCUCGUUCGCACUGUGCAAGAACUCCGGCUGGAUACAAUCUGGUCUAGGCUACAGUGCAAGCUAUCUUUCCUUGCAGAACUUGAUCUGGAAGAGUUCGCAGAUAUAACGACGGAGGAGGAAUUGACACAGAUGAAAGAGGACCGAAAGGAUGAAGUAAAGCGAAGCUCUUUCGGAUUCACAACCCCGACCAUUACUGAUGUGACCCUAUCGAUAAUUUAA